CUGUGGAGUUUCACCUGAGUGUUAGCUGUCCCUGCUCCUACCUGUGUGUGGUCAAUGACGUGAAGAAUAAACUGUAUGAGUGUCACUGUCCAAUCAACAAAACCCUGGCUAAGGAUGGACAUACCUGUAUAGCCAUUGCAGACAGCAGCCUCGAUGUGGGUCACAUCAUCAUCGUGUGUACAGGAGUUCUCCUUAUUCUGAUUCUGCUGAUUUCUAUGGCAUAUAUCAUUCAAUUCCGCAGACGGAAACAUGCCAGAAAAACCCCACGGGACAUAUUACCCCCAGUGAGUCUGACUUCUGACCCCACUGACCCAUCCCAGAAUCAGCGACCUCUUGGGCGGAGGACAGAGGUCAACCUGUACUAUGACUUUGUCGGAACAGAUAUGGUGACACAAGACCUGACUCAGAUUCCCCGUGAUAACUUGCGGCUCAUCAGGCCUCUGGGACAAGGGGCCUUUGGAGAGGUGUACGAAGGCAUUUUGACAAACUUUGGUCACGAUAAGUGUAAUAUGUCAGUAGCUGUCAAGACUUUACCGGCCAUCAGCACAGACCAAGCCAAACUGGACUUCCUGAUGGAGGCUGUCAUUAUCAGCAAAUUCCAGCAUCCAAAUAUCGUCCAGUUUAUUGGGAUCUGUAUGGACAAGCACCCGGGGUUUAUCAUACUGGAGCUGUUAGAGGGAGGAGAUUUGAAGACGUUUUUGAGAGAGUCAAGGAGAAAAGCUGAUGUACCUUGUCCCCUUACAGUGGCUGACUUGUUAAAGCUGGCUCUAGAUAUAGCAAAUGGAUGUAAACACUUGGAGCAAGAUCAUUUUAUACACAGAGAUAUUGCUGCCAGGAACUGUCUGCUGACAUCUAAGGGUUCUGGCAGAGUGGCCAAAAUUGCAGAUUUUGGAAUGGCCAGAGACAUAUACAGGGCUGACUACUACAAGAAGGGUGGAAGAGCCAUGUUACCUGUCAAGUGGAUGCCACCAGAAGCCUUUAUGGAUGGGAUCUUCACCUCAAAAACUGAUGUUUGGUCGUUUGGUGUGUUAUUGUGGGAGGUGUUCUCCAUGGGCCUGAUGCCCUACCCUGGCCGUAGUAACCAGGACGUGAUGGAGUUUGUGACGGGGGGAGGCAGGAUGGACCCACCUGACAAAUGUCCACCGCCUGUGUAUGACAUCAUGAUGUCCUGUUGGCAUGUGUUACCAGAAAGACGGCCUUCUUUUCCCACUUUGAUAAAAAGACUUCUAUCCUGUCUUCAGAAUGACGAAGUGCUUAGGGCCCCGAUGGCUUGCAACCCACUUGGUUUACGAUCUGACCACAACUGUUCCGUUAGCACCAUGUCUCCCAGCCUGAGCUCAACUGCACCCCUUCUCUCCCCCCAGACGCCAGAGGUGCCCCCAGAUUCUUACGAACAGCAGCAAGCACGCACCCAGUCCAAAGUACAGGAACAUAGGACAGCCUUCAACACUAGCUCCACCCCCCAGGGCUACAGGCCUGUGCCCCUCCAAGAUUCAUCAGAACCCUCCUUCAAACCAGCCGAUCGUGGGAGGCUUUCAUUUGACUUCACCAACAAAUACAACAUGGUUGCCUUGAUUCCCCCUGUGGUUGGUGGUUCAAGUCCGAACAUUGUCACCUCCACGGACCUGUCAGAGUUUAACGAUACAUCAGAAAGCGGUGACCAUAGGGCCUCACAGGAGACCAGUCUCCUAAACCCAGCUGACCCCAGCGUCUGUUGA